AUGGCGUUGGACCGGACCGUUGUCGGGUUCUUCGUCCUCUUCUCCGUGGUCUACUUCUUGGAGGCCAUCGGGGGAUUCUACAUGACCAGGUAGGUGUGCUACAUAAACGAAUGGUAAAGUAGAGGCUAUAAUGUUUUAGGCAGUAUCUUUUUGAUACACAACUUAUUUUGUUUAUUAUUUGUUUUUUAAACAUAAGUAUAAAAAGAAAAUAAAGUAAAACAGCUUAUGUUAGCUAUUAUUUAUAAAAUACAUGAUAUAUGUCAUUUACAGUGCAGUCGUAGCCAUUGAGAAACAGUUCCAGAUUCCCAGUAAGAUAUCGGGUAUGAUGGUAUCAGCUGGUGACUUUGGGUACAUACCUUCUAUAGUCAUCGUGUCGUAUCUUGGUGGCAAAGUAAGUUAUUUUACUUGGCAAUAACUAUUUGUGUGUUACCAUAUUUACUAUCUCUUUAUAGGGAAACCGUGCCAAAUGGAUAGGCGGUGGUUGUAUGCUGAUAGCCAUAGCCAACAUCCUCAUCUCAACGUCGAACUUCUUGUUUCCUGUAGAGAGAGUGGAUCUGAAGACUUCUGACUUCGAGGAAGCCAUUGAGAGAGAUAUCAGUAGAAUGUCGAAUGCCAACUCGAGGAUACUACAGCUUUUACCCAACGAAAUACGACAGAUAGUUAGUGGUAAAGGUGGACUGCCAGCUGCUCUCCAACAAUGUGAGAAGCUGAUCGAUCGUAAUCAGAGUUCUAUUCUCUGCAACACGCUUCAGGUACAUUAUGUUUAAGUUUGUUGGCAUUAUGGUGUUACCCAUGAUUUCUUAUUACAUUUUCAAAAUACAUGGGAAUGUUGAAGUUAAUUCAAAAAAUAGGUACUUUGUUCUAGGACCGACUCCACAAACACAAUCCGUCGAGUGUGGAAGAUGUAGAGAAUCUGCGAGCCAUUACUGCCACUUCGUACGCUUUCUGUAGCCGAUCUUUGAAUAGGUUGAGGUCAAUGGUAUGUUAUAUGAUGUUUUUUUAACUUAGUUUUUGUCAAAAUACAUAGUAAUUUAGUCAUCAAGAAGGAAGGAACACAUAAUUACGUAUGUUGACUAUGUAGAUGUUUAUUUUAACUAGGUUUUUAUAACGUGUUUUGACUAUGAUAUUGUUCUAGAUGGACAAAGCACGAUGUAAGCGAGACAGUUCGUAUGUUGGGCCUACAGCGACAAUCUUUUUUGGACUGUUUUUGCUUGGAAUUGGACGUACCAUGCCGUACUCUCUAGGACUACCAUUGGUCGAUGACAAUGUCAAAAAGGCCAACUUACCUAUUUAUUUUGGUAAGCUUACUUUUAAAUUGGUUAUUGUUAAUGGUUUUAUAGUAUUCUAAAGUUUUUGUAAUAUAUUAUACGUUUACUUGAAAAUUUAAACUAUUUGUUGUUAAUUUAACUUAUUUUUGAAUUAAAUUUCCGUAUUUUAGCUGGAAUGUUCUUCAUUCGUUUAUUGGGACCUGUUCUUGGCUUGAUGAUGGGGUCUAUUUUCAACAAAUACUACUACACUUUUGACCGUAAGUACAUUUAUACCUAAACAUAUUUGAGUAUGUUGUCCAGACUAAUUUAGGUUUUAAGGUUAGAAAUAUAUUAACCUUUAUUCAAAUUAUGUUUCAGCUCCCCAAGGUCUAACUCCGCGAGAUCCAAUGUGGAUCGGCUGCUGGUGGUUUGGCUUCUUGAUCAUAGGAUGCCUAUUGUUUGGACCGUCACUGGGGCUCUUCUGCUACAGAACGUCUUCAACUUACCACGAAGAAGACAACGGGGAAGGCGGAGUGAAGGAAGAUCUCUUAGAUGAAGAAGGAAAACAGAAAAAGUAAGGCCAACCGAUACUAACGUAGUGUAAAAUAUUUAUUACAUUGACAGACCUAGCUUCACAAUGUCACUAGGCUUGACUUGACACGAUUUACGUAUUAUAGUAUGUCUAUGUAAGAAUAGUAUAGUAUCAUCAACGUCAUUUUUCUAGAAAACCUCGUCAGCUGGCCUUAGUGGAUCGGCACGCUGAACGGACGGCGGACGGCAAGACUGUCGUUCCUGGAACGUUCAAGGAGAAGAUGGAUGACUUCAUAGUGACAUUGAAGUCGGUGAUUACCCAGCCUGUCUAUGUGGGGAUACUGGUGGGCAGAGUUAUCGACGUUAUGGCCUUCAAGGGAUUCUUCGUGUUUCUACCCAAAUAUCUGGAGAUCCACUUCGGGGUACCUCAAUAUAAAAUCAACUUUUACAUGGGUAAGAAACAACAUGUAACCUAGAUGACAUUUAGAAACAGAUUGAAUGUAAAUUGUCAUCUCUAGUCACUAAUCAUACUGUUUUAGGCCUGAUUGGCAUUGUGGGCUUCGCCAUAGGAGUUUGUUCAGGCAGUUUGAUCAUGAAGUUCCUGAAGUUAGAAGGUCGUAAAGCGGCAGCUUGGGUAGCUAUCUGCUCGUUACUGGCUGCCUGUCUGUCCUUUUUGAACGCUGGAGUUGGAUGUCAAUCAACCAUGUCACAGUUAGGAGAAUUGUAAGAAAAGACUCCUUUUGUUACAUAUUCUAUACCUAUAAAGUCUUUUCUUGUACUCAUUUUAAAGUGAAGUUACAUUACAAUGUACAAGUAAACAAGAUAUACUUUCAGAGCAGCCAAAGGAUCUCUCAACUCGACCUUAGGUUGUUCCUCCAACUGUUACUGCGACAACGUCCCCAUCUACCCAGUCUGUGACCCUCAGGGUAAUGUAUACUACUCACCGUGCCAUGCCGGCUGCCCUUCUCCUGAUCCAGCCGUCUUCGCCCAAUUAGACCCCAAACUGCCACCAACCUUCUCGAACUGUUCUUGUGUCAAGACCAGCGACAAACAUGUGUCCCGGGAUUACUGUAUUACCGACGACUGUAACUGGAAGAUAAAGCUCUACUUCUUGAACAUGGCAUUGGGCGGGGUGAUUGGAGGUUUGGGGGUUACUCCAGGAAUGUUGAUCAUGCUGAGGUAAUGCAGUUUUUACUAUGUAUUAAGGUGUUUUGCUUUCAAAACAGAUUUCUGAUCAUUUAAAUGCCGUUUGUCAUCAAGGUUGUACACUACGGUGAAUCAUGCAUUACAUUGAAAGAUACAUACUAUGAAGUAUAUGCUAUGAUUCCUGUAUUUGCAGGUCCGUUCCCCCAAGGCAUCGUUCCGUUUCCUUGGGAUUCAGCGGAUUUCUGGUCAGUACAUUAGCCACAUUGCCAUCCCCAAUAUUCUGGGGUGCCAUAAUCGACUACUUCUGCGUACAAUGGGAGAACAAGUGUGAUGGCAGGGGAGCGUGUGUACUGUACGGUACAGAACAACUCAGGAUAUGGUACGUGAACCCAUGUUUUUAUUACUAUGGCAGUUUUAGUGUCGCCUUUAAACACUAGUUUAUAAAUUAUAGUAUUUUACCAUGCCUUCUGUUCCCCGCCCAUAAGUAUUUAACUUUUCAGGAUGCACAGUAUCUAUGGAGGUCUCCGCUUACUGGCAUUGCUAGCCGACUUCUAUGUACUCUAUCAUGCCAAGGGUCUGAAGAUUGUAGAAGAGCACGAAGAUGACGAAGUUCAGCCACACAAAGCGACAGAAAACAACAAAAAAGAUAACCUACUGCCAACUGAACAGGACGCAAGGCCACCUCAAGAAAAAGAAGCCCAACCUCAGGGGAACAAAGAGUAA